AGGAAGCGUCCAUCAGUAGUAGGGGGCUUAACAUGGGUAAGCUAAGUAGUGUCUGGUUAAUACACAUCAAACGCUGAGGAUUUCACAUCCUGCUGUUAAACUCGGAUGUUUUGAAAGUACCGACAGGUACUCGGCGACCAUUUCGUGCACCGAGCAGCUGCGUCUGUUGUGAAUAUUUCGCUGUUUGGUUGAUUUUUGUGUGGCUGUGUAACACUAGCCUGUUAGCUGGGCUAGCUAGACGUCAGUCAGUCACUACUGUGCUAGCCUAGCAUUGACAGCUACAUCAGUCAACCAAGUUACAGCAUACAGAGAUAAUCCAAGACAGGGAGUUUAUCUAUGCCACGUAUCACAGUGUGAAUCUCUGUAACCUGGAUGUUUGGAGACAGAAACCGCAGCUCCAGCUAGCAGCUAGUUAGCUUGUCAACAAUGGGCUAUACGAGGUAUUUAAAGACGGCGAGCACGGUUUAUAUCUUCACCGUCCUGCUGCUGGUCUUCACCAGAGGAGUCACAGCUGAUGAAGAGCAACAGGACGGACCAGAGCUGAAGUCUUACCAUGACCCAGAAUCCGAAGAGGAAGACAUUCGUCUGGCAUCGGAAAUUGUGGCUGGCGCUUCCGUGACCUCUGGUCAUGAGGUUUCUCCGACAGAAGAGGAGAAACAGACACCCGUGGAUGGACUACUGGAGGGAGAGGAGAAGGAGGACCUGCCCGAGCAGCCUCCCCCAGUCGAGGAGAAACCUAAAGAGGUUCCUGUGGUGAAUGGAGGUACAGCCCAUGGAGAACCCUGCAUCUUCCCAUUCCUCUUCCAGGGGACGGAGUACUAUGACUGUACCACUGAUGGACGGGGGGAUGGACGGCUCUGGUGCGCCACAAGCUACGACUAUGACCAGGACAAGAAGUGGGGUUUCUGUGAGACGGAGGAGCAGGCGCAGCAGAGACUGCAGGCAGAGGAGGCAGAGGAGCAGUAUCAAACUGUCCUGCGUAUGCUCAAUGCAACCACCAGGAAGACCCAGAAGAAAGAAUUAUAUGAAAAGCUGCUGAAAGUGGCGGAGAAAGGCCACCAGAAAGCCAUGGAGAAGGUGGCGUACGCCAUGCUGUUUGGUGACUACAUGAACCAGAAUGUCACCAAGGCCAAAGAAAUGUUUGAGAAGCUCGCCAUUGAGGGCUCGCCUAAAGCUCAGACGGCUCUUGGCUUUCUGUAUGCAGCAGGACUCGGAGUUAACUCAAGUCAGGCUAAGGCCUUGGUUUACUACACCUUCGGCGCACUGGGUGGAAACUUGGUAGCACAUAUGAUUCUGGGAUACAGAUACUGGGGAGGUGUGGGUGUUCCCCAGAGCUGUGAGUCAGCACUAACCCACUACAGGCUUGUGGCAAAUCAGGUUGCCAGUGAUGUGUCCCUGACUGGAGGCUCAGCGGUGCAGAGGAUCAGGCUGUUAGAUGAGGUGGAGAACCCAGGAUCUACCAGCGGGAUGUUGGAGGAGGACUUGAUCCAGUAUUAUCAGUUUCUAGCUGAGAAAGGAGAUGUACAAGCUCAGGUGGGGUUAGGUCAGUUACACCUGCAUGGAGGACGUGGAGUCGAACAGAAUCAUCAGAGGGCGUAUGACUACUUCACCCAGGCUGCAAAUGCAGGGAACACACACGCUAUGGCGUUCCUCGGCAAGAUGUACUCAGAAGGCAGUGAGUUUCUCCCUCAGAACAACGAGACAGCCCUGCAGUACUUUAAGAAGGCCUCUGACUUGGGUAAUCCAGUGGGACAGAGUGGCUUGGGCAUGGCCUACCUAUAUGGACGAGGUGUCCCAGUGAACUAUGAGCUGGCACUGAAAUACUUCCAGAAGGCAGCAGAGCAGGGAUGGGUGGACGGACAACUCCAGCUGGGCACCAUGUAUUACAAUGGCAUCGGUGUGAAGCGUGAUUACAAGCAAGCACUUAAAUUCUUCAACCUGGCCUCGCAGGCAGGCCACAUCCUGGCUUUCUACAACUUAGCCCAGAUGCACGCUACUGGUACUGGUGUGAUGCGUUCCUGCCACACUGCUGUGGAGCUUUUCAAGAACGUGUGUGAGCGCGGUCGCUGGUCAGAGCGCCUCAUGACGGCCUACGGCAGCUUUAAGGAGGGUGAGACUGAUGCUGCGCUGGUCCAGUAUCUGCUGCUGGCUGAACAGGGCUAUGAGGUGGCCCAGAGCAACGUGGCCUUCGUUCUGGACCAGAAAGGAGCAAAGAUCUUCAGUGAGAAUGAGACCUACCCUCGUGCUUUGCUCCACUGGACAAGAGCUGCAGCACAAGGUUACACUGUGGCGAGGAUCAAACUCGGAGACUACCACUUCUACGGCUACGGGACAGAUGUGGACUACGAGACGGCGGUCAUCCACUACAGACUGGCAUCAGAGCAGCAGCACAGCGCCCAGGCCAUGUUCAAUCUGGGGUACAUGCAUGAGAAAGGCCUGGGCAUCAAACAGGACAUUCAUUUAGCCAAGCGUUUCUACGACAUGGCUGCUGAAGCCAGUCCUGAUGCCCAGGUCCCGGUUUUCCUGGCCCUGUGCAAGCUGGGCCUGAUUUACACUCUGCAGUACCUGCAGGAUCUUAACUUGAAGGAGCUGAUCUCUCAGGUGGACUUGGACCAGCUUCUGGGCCCAGAGUGGGAUCUCUACCUCAUGACGGUCAUCGCCCUGCUGUUAGGCACGGUCAUCGCCUACAGACAACGCCAACACCAAAUCAUAGUUCCCCCUCGCCCGCCCGCUCCUGCCCCGGCGCCGCCUCCUAGACCACCUCAGGAACAGUCGCAAGCCCAGGCUGAGCCCCAGGGCGAGGGAGAAACACAAGCCCAGGGCGCAGCCCAGGAGGAAGAGGAGGAGGAGGAGGAGCAGCAGCAACAACAGCAGCAGUGAGAGGAAGCCAGACGGAGUGAGGGCAGUAAAAGACAGACAAGAGGCUCUGCCAGCCCGCCCCGUGGAGCAGCCGGUGCUCACUAGCUGAAUAUCUGCUAGUCUGAGCACCUCUUCCACUCUGCCUGCUCCCCUCUACACGCUAACAGAGCUGCUGACCUGUGCAGUCCCACAACUCCCUUUCUCCAUUUUCAAAUAUGCUGUUCCUUGUGCUGAAGAAAGGCAGUCGGGGUGUUUAUGGACAAUGCUACGAAACAGGAGCGUUGAGAGGAAAACACAGACUUGGGACUUGCUCAUCUGUGGCUCGGGAUACUGCCAGAAGAACCCGUGUGUCCUCACCGUGGAAAAAGCCUCACGGUUACCACAUCUUAAGGCAUUUUGGACUCGACUAAUCAGCAUAGUCUGAAUCUAAUAUGUGCAUUAGUUUCUUCUCACUUUCCCUUUUUUGCGAGAGAAAAUGACACUCUGCUUCAAUCUUAACUUUGAGCAGUAAUUAGAAAAAAAAGAAAUUCAGGCAGGAAAAUGUGAACUAGAAUAAUUUAAUUUGCUAGCCCUGGUCUAGUCAUGUUUUUGCAUGUUUCCUCUCAUCUUUUUGCAGACUUUCAUUUUAGGUACCAACAAAAUUCAUUUUUGCAUCCAUCAGUUUUUUUUGUUUUGUUCAGUUGACUCGUCCAAUGUGCAUCCCUGCACAGAAAAAGACUGUUUAUGCUCAUUCAACAUCAGUAUCAGUGCUAAAAUGUACUAAAGCCAUGUUAUAUCGUUUAGUAAAAGAAGAAGAAAACCUGUUUGUGAAUUACUUGAAUUGAUAGAAAGGCUGGACUGGAUGCAUAAUUACAUUUUAAGCUCACAGGUUCUUUUUGUUUUUGAACAUGGCAGGCGCACAGAAAAAAGAGAAAAGCUGCUGAAGUCAGUCAAAACUAAGCUGUCACUGAAAUCUUUGAUGCAGAUCCUGUUUGAAAAUUCAUCCGGACACGAGCAUAAUGAAAGCGGAGUGCACAGGCUUUAAAAAAAUUCUAAUUAAAACACAAAUGGUAGAAAAAUUGAUGUACAGUCCAGUUAGAUAAUGUGUUCAACAAUUCUUGAAGGUGUUACUGUACAUCGGUGUGAUAUUUUUUUUUAUCGACUGGCUUUAAUUUCAUUCAAGUGGUUGGUUCUUGGGUAGCUCGAUAGUUCCUCUCGUCCCACAUGCCUGUUUUUUGUUUUAUUAAGCCUUGUGUUAGCCGAGGCAGAAACUGGAGCAGCCUUAAAUAUAGCAGCGCCUCAAACUCUGGAUAAUUUUUUACAGUAGAGAGGAAGUGGAUUAGUUUUUCUUUUGCGUGUCUGUGUGUGUUUGGUUACACAACUUCAGCUGUUGUGAGAAUUUCCACCCCCUCACCAAAAGUCCAAGUUGGAGCUGUGUGUGCUCUGCCUACACUUUUUCAGCUCAGAUGGACCUCAAAUCUGAGAAAUGAAGCCAUGGUCAGACCAGAUAGUAUUUAUCAAAAACAAGAUUAGAAACGUGAUUUUUUUUUUUUUUGGCCACAUACAGUCCCUUUUGUUUAGUUCAACAAUAUGUGCUUGUUUGAAUUGUUGAGAGCUUAUCUGCCAGUACAUCUGCAUGAAGUGUAUGAGGUGAAAUGUUAUUUUUAAGGACGAUGAGAAAUAGUUCACGGCAUCAUUCACACGUCGAUACCCACACAACUCACAAUUUGUCUAAAAUGAAACACUGGUCAAGAAUGUCGAGAAGACUGCAUUUUUACCAUCGCAAAUACAAGUUUAUAAAGAAAUGAAUAAAUGAUAUAUGGAUAUUUAA